AUGCGUUUAGGUAGCAACCCCAAACUUUUUGGAAACCGUAAGAGCCGUGCUCGGAUUUGUACCGUCAUAAGUUCCUGCUCCAUGCUAGGCCAGACUCAUAUCCGAUGGAACGUCUAUCACUUUACUAGACAUUUAUUUUGCAGGAGUCUUUCUAGCUUGUGUUCUUCUCAAUUGGCUCCAAUUCUCUUAUCUCCCGGUAGGCAAUCUCCCACUGCCUUCUUUCACUGCCUCUGUUACCCUCUGUGUAUCCUCGGCAACAGCUGUAGAAAAAUUUUCGAUGCCACUGCUGCAGCCUCAAUGUUUGCUCUCUGGGUGCGACAAAAAGAUUUUCUAGCGUCAAAAGUGGCGAGUAGCAACAGCGAUUCUGGAAUCUGCGAGGCAAAUUGGCAGCUUGUCCACCAGGGUAGGCGAUGUGGUACCUGA